AAUGUAGGAGUGGCCUAAGAAAUUAUUUUUAGCAAUAGCAUUCAUUUCAUGCUUUACAUGUUAUGCAAGACCAGAUUAUAAUUUACCUUUAUUUGCUUUUGCAUAUUUAUUAUGGGACAUAGAUAGACCUGUAUAAAUUUUAGUAAAAUCAAAUAGGUUUCACAAAAGAUUAGAUUAAUAUACUUAUUUGUAUACUCUUGGAUUAUUGAUUUUGUUUGGUUAGUCUAUUGGGGUCCAUUUUGGAACUCAUCAACAUUUUCACAUAAUUGGGCAGAUGGAAUAUAAACAUUUGUGUUGGUAUUGUCAAUUAUCAACUUUAUUAUUAAAGUAGGAUAUUUGAUUGAUUUGAUUAGUUAGGUACAAUAGUCGUAUGUAUUUUGGCAGAGAAAGAAUGUAAGGAUGCUUUACAUCCAGAAAAUGCGAUGGCACAUGCAAAGAAUAUUUUUAAUAGUGAGGUUUAGCAUUAAUGA